AUGGUGGACGCGCAGCGCUACCAGGAGCUCAAAUGCUCCAUCCAGGAGCUGAAAUCCCAGGUGAGAGCUAAAGCUUCGCCGCGCCUGGCUCUUCCAAUGCCGGCGGCCGCGCCUCCCAGCGCCUCGAUGCAGCUACUGCAGCUCCAGUUUGAUCUUCUCGAGGAGGCGAGGCAGGAGGAGUUUCUGAGGCUCCAGGGCCGGGUGCUGGAGCGAUCCAAGCACCUUGAGGUUUUCAGGGCGAAAUGCGAGAAGAAGAUCAAGAAAGGAGAGGACAACUUUUACCUUCUUAAAGAGAACGUACGAAGGAUGGAAUGUCAAUUCUGCGAGCGUAUAUCUGCUGCUGAGCAGGAUUUCUUGGACGAGCAAGAGAAACUAAGAAGUAGAUAUAAAGAUUUCGAGGUGGAGCAGCUCCAGCGUGAGCGUGAUCUUAUAGCCAGCUACGAUUCCACCAUUUCUCGCUUGGAACGAAACAAUGAUGAGAAAAGCGUGGCCAAGAAAGUUAUCGAAGAACAGCUCAAGCGAGUAAUGGAAGAGAACUCCCAGCUGAGGGAGCGGAUCAUGCUUUUGGAGCUGGAAUCGAGAUCGGCCAAGGACGAGUUUCGUCGCAUGUACCGUGAACAGGAGAAGCAAUGGAACAUCAAAAUCCAAAGCGUCACCGAGUCACACGAGUGCGAGCUAGAAUCCUUGAAGUCAUCCAUGGAGAAGGAAGGAUCGAAGAUCAAAGAAGAGAAGCUCCAGCUAAGUUCCGAGUUCCAGGAGUACAAAGCUCAAAAGGUGAAAGAGAUGGAUCUUUUGGAUCAGCGAAUUCGCGCGGCGCUCGAGCACAAAGAUGCGAAAAUCUUGCACCUCAAUCGCGAGCUCCAAAUACUCCAGCAACAGUUGAAUCAGGCAAACAACCUGCUCGAACAAGAAAGUGGAUGAAAGCUCCCAUGUUUUCAUAUGUAGCAUAUUCGCUCGAAUCUUUUUCGAGCAAAAGCCCUAAGAAAUGGGCUAC